GUGGAAAUAUUUCUCCAAGAAUCAGGCAGAUACUACUAAUUGGCCUAUCCGUGCGAAGACCACCAUAUUUUGCGUGAGCCAGCACCGCAUUAUGCAAGGCGAGGUGAGGUGCGAAAUGAACGCGGGGCCGGGGAUCGAUGCAUGGUAUAUAGUACUGGCAACAAUGCACGUAUGUACAAACAAUUUUGGAUGUUUACUUGUUCUCCCAUCUGUCAUGAUUCGAUCGAAUAUAUGCAAUAUGCAGCUAUGGAGGAGUAAAUAUUGCGGCUGGGCGGUACAGGCGCGCACAGCACAUGAAAAAUGGACACGUACUAGAUCAUUGUUCAAUAUGGGCACUGCCAGCGGAAUCGAUCUUUCCGCUGCCGCCACACAUCGCCAACCGGAAAAACUCGAACGGUGUUGCGGGAGGUGGAAACGGAAGCGGGAAAAACACAAAAAAAGAUUGAUCGAGAGCGAGUGCGCGCGCUCAUGGGACAUGCGUAAAGCCAGUUCGGAACCGACACUAAGGAUAUAUAUGCAUGCACUGAUUGAAUCAAUAACAAGCAUAUGUAUUCCACUCACCCCCAGCCGCGCAAUCCCAUCAUCAUUAUAGAAAGGUCGCGCGUACAGGCAACCGUACAUGUACAUAUAUGGUCCUUACCUCCACAUCUACAAGCCGUUUUUCCGGAAUUCGAGAUAAGUAAUAUAAUUGAAUCAAUUAAAACUCUCCCGGGUACUUCACUAGUGACUGAAUAUAUUCAAUUAUACAUUACAUUAUAGAAAUGCGG